AGUAUAUUCUGCCAGAUAAAAAUGAGAGACAUAGAAGCUGGCUAAAGAAAAAGUUGAAAUAUAUCGAAAAUUUAAACAAUAUUUUGUAGUAACAUAAACUUUUUUCAUCGACCCUUUAUCUUAAAUUCAUCUAUAUUGGGAUAAAGGGCGAUGUUUUAUAUCUUUAGCCACUUUAUUACAUGCAAAACAAACCCAAAAGGGUUUUCAUUAAUGCAGAUAGAAGUUGGUUUUUGAAUUUCUGAAACUUAAAUUGUUAAUCCUCUCCAUUUUUUUUUUAUAAAAAUGAGAGGAAUAUCUGAUAAUGUUCAUGGAGUUAUAUUAGCUAUAUCAUCAAGUAUUUUUAUUGGAUCAAGUUUUAUUAUUAAGAAGAAAGGCCUUAAAAAGGCUAGUGCAACAGGAACAAGGGCAGGUUCAGGAGGCCACUCUUAUCUGUUGGAACCAAUGUGGUGGGCUGGGAUGUUAACUAUGAUAAUUGGAGAGGGAGCUAACUUUGCUGCUUAUGCAUAUGCCCCGGCAAUUCUUGUGACUCCUCUAGGGGCUUUAAGUAUAAUUGUGAGUGCAGUGUUAGCCCAUUUUAUUUUAAAGGAGAGAUUGCACAUAUUUGGUAUUGUUGGUUGUGUCCUCUGUUUGGUUGGCUCUGUUAGUAUCGUCUUACAUGCUCCACUCGAAAGGAAAAUUGAAUCUGUUAUGGAUGUUUGGUACCUAGCAACCGAGCCAGGAUUCAUUAUAUACACAUGCGUAGUCGUGGUGCUGGUAAUUGUCCUUAUUUUCCGGUUUGUGCCUCGUUAUGGGCAGAGGUAUAUGGUCAUUUACAUCGGAAUCUGUUCUCUCACGGGGUCUCUCACGGUUAUGGGUGUGAAAGCAGUUGGAAUCGCGCUUAAGCUUUCAUUUGAAGGAAAGAAUCAGUUCAAGUAUUUCCAAACAUGGUUAUUUACUGUGUUUGUUACAAUCUUUUGCCUUUUACAGCUGAACUAUUUGAACAAGGCACUUGACACAUUCAAUACAGCAGUGGUUUCUCCUGUAUAUUAUGUCAUGUUUACGACACUAACCAUUCUUGCCAGCAUGAUAAUGUUUAAGGACUGGGAUCAUCAGAAUGCAACACAGAUAAUAACAGAAUUAUGUGGCUUUGUAACUAUCCUCUCUGGUACUUUUCUCCUUCACAAAACCAAAGACAUGGGAAAUAGUCCAACAACGAGCAAUAUUCUCCUUCCAAAAACAACCAAAGACACAGAAAGUAAGCCAACGGGCGAAACCCCGAAACUUAUGGAUGAGGUAUGAAGCAAUUUCACAAGGGCUGUGAUCAGAGGCGGAUGCAGGAUUUAAACCACUGAAUUCAUUUUUUGCAAUUAUGGGUUCAAAACUUCGUAUUUGUAGAAAUUUUGGUGAUACUACACAUAUAUUAUUUAUGCCGUGUAAAACUAUUGGGUUCAAUUGAAACAUUAUGUCCGCCUCGGGUUGUGAUCUCCUCUUGCAUCAUGGAAGAUAGAAGCAUUUCUUAUUGGAGAAAACAUUACUAUGCAAACUUAGAAUUCUGAGGAUGAGAGGCAUCUAUUUGAAGCUGGCAAAGAGAGGCAAUGCUUACUCAUUUGUGUUAUUUUGACUUCACUUAUCAUUCCAAGUUUGGAUCACAAUUGACAUGCUUCUUUGAAUGUACAUUGAUAUUGUGAGAACAGAGUUGGAUUUGAAACUUGCUGGUAACUAUUUCAUUGUGUAUAUAGUACCUGAGUACAAUCUGUAUACAGUUUUUAUUGGUUAAAUUGUCUAGGUAGUUGUUAUUUUCUUUGA